UGUUUUCAGCUGUUUUACAGAUUCAGAUUAAUAAUAAAUAAAGUAUGCUUUCAGACUGCAACAUGCAAUUAUCAAUAAAUCUACACAUUGUCUUCCUGACGAAUCAUUUGGACUUUUUAUCGGAAAUCACUAACAUUUUAAAAGCUUUGAAUGAGACUUUUUAUUUGAAUCCAUCUCUCCUCCAAUAGAUGUGCUACUGUUAAAGGCUCACUAUCACACUUAAUCUUGCGCGGUCCAUGAAUACAUCUCUGGUGUGACGUUGGUAAUUUGCCAGAUUAUCUGCCAACACUUUUUUUUUUUUGGAAAGGCUAUGUUUGUUCUGAUAGACCAAGAGCUUUUUGAACCAAUCAAAAGCAAGCUCUAGACUGAGAAAGGGGUGAUUCUCAUAACCUGCACCUUUCAUAUGCCUCAAUCACAAACUUAGAUCCUAACUGUACAACUGUGCUUUGUCUUUAUCUUGACUUUUACAGACUGAUAUUCUGACUCUGCUCUGACUUUAACAUUUUGGCAUUUCUCCGCCAAUAUUGUUUGUUUGUUUUUUCCUUUGUACCCUGAAAUAUCCGGUAAGCACUUUUCUGCUGCUGUAUCGGGCAUGGGGGUCGGGUCGCUACUAGCGGUGGCUGCCUACAAGGGCUGGGAUGACUGAUUGAGGAGCUGCUGAAACCCUGACAGUCGAAGGUCAGAAUCUGGCAACUGACAACGUGACGGUGAUUGAGGGGGAAAUGGCCACCAUCAGCUGCAGAGUGAGGAACAACGAUGACUCCGUCAUCCAGCUGCUCAACCCCAACAGACAGACCAUUUACUUCAAAGACGUUAGACCUCUCAAGGACAGCCGGUUCCAGCUGGUGAAUUUCUCUGACAACGAACUGCGGGUGUCUCUGUCCAAUGUGUCACUCUCCGAUGAGGGACGCUAUGUGUGCCAGCUCUACACAGAUCCUCCUCAGGAAGCCUACGCAGACAUCACUGUCCUAGUCCCGCCAGGCAGCCCAAUCAUCGAGAGCCGCGAGGACGUGGUCAGCGAGGGGAACGAGACGGAGCUCACCUGCACAGCCAUUGGCGGCAAGCCAGCCGCCUACAUCAGAUGGAUGAAAGGGGAGGAAGAACUGACAGGUGAAACAGCAGUUGAGGAGACGUAUGACAGGAUGUUUACUGUCACCAGCCGGGUAAGAUUUUCUGUCACCAAGGAGGAUGAUGGAAUGCCAGUGGACUGCAUCAUUGACCACCCAGCUGUAAAGGACCUCCUGGCUCAAAGACACUUGGAAGUACUUUAUAAACCAGAAGUAAAGAUCGUGGUGACAUAUCCUGAAGGUUUAACCAGAGAGGGUGACAAUCUGGAUUUGACAUGUAUCGCUGAAGGAAAGCCACAUCCCCAUCAGAUUAACUGGCUGAGAGUAGAUGAGGAUGUGCCGCCUCAUGCUGUGGUCACCGGCUCUGAUCUCUACAUCGAGAACCUCAACAAGUCCUACAAUGGCACCUACCGCUGUGUGGCGUCCAAUGCUGUAGGAGAGGCUUAUGUCGACUACAUCCUCUAUGUACAUGAUGCUCCCACUACUAUCCCCACACCCACCACCAACCCAGUCAACACGCAAGACUCCAGAGCCGGGGAGGGGGCACCGCAGAAAAUUGACCACGCUGUCAUCGGUGGAGUGGUUGCUGUGGUGAUGUUUGCCAUCCUCUGCGCGCUCAUUGUUCUUGGUCGAUACUUUGCCAGACACAAAGGAACUUACUUCACGCAUGAAGCCAAAGGGGCGGACGACGCAGCCGAUGCGGAUACGGCCAUCAUCAACGCGGAGGGGGGACACAACAACACAGACGAGAAGAAGGAGUAUUAUAUUUAAACUGGACAGGCCAGGAGAGACGGGUGGGGAUGCUGGUGGUUGUGAUAGUGGUUGUGGUGGUGCUGUAGGAGCAUUGUGUCUAACUCUGAUUGGUUGAAGAUGACUUAAAGGCAGGGAGGGCAAUAUUUAAAGGGAAGGAGAAGAAAGAAAAAGGCGGGAAAAGUUGGACUGACGUGGUGGCCAAGUGGUAAGAAGAAGAGGUGUUGCUGAGUGUCCUAUUCGACCCUUCCUGGACAGCUGGGGCCUAUUCUGUACAGUUCAGUUAUUUUACAGACAAUUUUGUGCCUUGUUCUCUUUCUUUUGUUUGUUUCAUUGUUUUCCCCUCACACGCCGGUUGAAUUGGAUUCGUUUUUUUGUCUUUUAUCAUGUACUCCACUUGAUCUUUUGUUGCAUUUGGCUUCGUCUAUGUGUGCCGCAGCUAGCUUUGAGCUCAUGUACCCAGAUACAGCGUGAUGAGCCUGCUCCUCAGUGCUUUUUUCUUUUUUUUUGGAGCAAUCUACAGAGUUCAUUAACUGGAAUACGGUGUCAACACAUUUCUCCCCGCUGGGUCAAAGUCCAACAGUGCCUGCAAGUUCAUCAGAGGCCCCCCCUCCUCCCCACAUUCCCUCGUACAGGCAGGUCUGAUUGGGUUUCAAGUAUUACAGCGCAGAUUUCCCUCAGCCCCUUUGAGGUCAGGUUCACUGUGUCGAUUACUUAUAUAACAGUCGUGAGUAAUUUUGCUCAUCAUAGAAUGUAUUUGUACAUGAAGGUGAUGUAAAAGUGGCGGUACGUACCAUUUCGCACCAAACCACACAGUACAACCAAUCUUUUGUGGUUUCUGACGAUUAGUCGCUAAGAGGCUUUUGCCCAACUCCACCUACGAUAUCUCGGCAGCUGUAAUGUGCCAUGAUAUACAGUUCUAAGUUCUAUAUAGCCCUUUCUGUCAUUUCUGAUUGGGAUACAUAAAUAAUGAAUCUAUAAUAGAGAGAGAAUAACUCUACACAAUGCCUUUUGCUAAGCUUCAGAUAAGCUUGAUGUCUCUAUGAUAAAUAGAAAACUACAGCCAACAGCCAGCUAGCUUGAGACUUGGCUACCUUGAGCUUCACUGCAGCUUGUAAGUGUAGCUGAUUCUACCCCUCUUCAGUAGUUAUUGACCCAAAAGACUCUGUUUGCAGGUGUUAUUAUGGGUCAAACUUUACAUUCACACAUACACGCCUUACACAAAAUAGGUCCUGCUACACUGAUCGUAACAUUUUAUUUAAAGGUAUUCAUUAGCUGUUGGUAUACCCUGCCAUGUGUCUGUGCGCUUUUGUUUUAAAUAUGACAUUUGUCACCUUUUCAUACCACCCACGUAGUCUACCUUGGACCAAAUCUAAUAAUUAUAGUGCGCUUAUACAGUAUACAGCAAGUAUAGCUUGUGUAAAGCAUAGAGCUUUGCAGUGAGCUUCUCGCUAAAUAACUGACUUUAUUUGAUGGCACACUAUAUUGGCCAGUUAACUGGGAGAUGUUAAAAGGCCUUGAGUUAUUAAUUUUCCAAGGUUUUACCCUUUUAUUUGCCGUAUCUAAGGGAAGAAAGAAUAUUAGGCCUUCAGUGUUUCCUGCCCAUGUAAAAUAUCCUGGCACGUCUCUGUCAAUACAGCACGUGAACAAAAAAUUCACAGCUUAUUUUUAUUUAUUUUUUUGCCCUUACCCAUACACAAGUAUUGCUGCAAAUAUGAAUGAGUUAUAUUUUCUUGCUGUGUUUUUAGACAUUUCACCUUUGAUAACUUGCGAGGGCUCUUGGCCAUACAAGUUAUCAAAGAUUUGCAGAUAGCUUUAGACUUGGGGGAAAGAUAAUUUUCUUACUGUCAUCCUGCAGCCACAAACCUUCACAGACGAAGUGUCUGCUGUUAGAAAUUUCUCUCUUUUUGUUCGACAACACAAAUCGGCAGUGUGCACACGGCGCGCGCUUCAUCUCUGACUAGAAGAGGAAAAUCCGUUUGGUAAUUAGCGAGUGAUUUCAGUGUAUUGCCUAAAAUAAUGGAGGGAAAAAAAAUCUGUAAAUGUAUUAUGAAAAAGGAUAACCACUGCCUUAAACCCACCUCUUGAUACUUAUCAUUAUAAAGGAAAAGACUGAAGGACUUAAUUUAGUGCCUUCUCCUUUGAUUUUGAGGCAUAUGGUUAGUAUCAUACAGUAUCCUCAUGUACACUCUUACAGUAUACCUUGUAUAUAUCCGUCCUUUCUAACUUACAGGGCCAAUACUCAUCCCAGUCGUCUGUCCGCGCACCAUAGAGCGGCAUCACAAUUACAACCUGCAGCAUAAAAAAGCUGGAAUGAGUUUAAAGCUGGAAAAGAAAAAUAGUAUUGGCAGCUUCCACUGACUAGAAUGUUGUAUUCCAGGAUAUAGUACUUGUCUUAAUUAAUGACCACAAAAAAAGUGUUAUUAUCUCAGCUUCACUUCAUUUAUUAUUUAUUUGGAUAUUUUCAAGGACAAGGCUCUGUAGUACUGUAUUAUCAGAGAGGAAUACUGUACUUAAAGCUAUAAUAAGCUACAAUAAAAGUAACUUUUCUGGAUUGUAGUUACAGUGUCAUGGGAACAGUUAUGUGCAUGACCUUUUUGUUUUCUGGGAUUUGAUAUUUAUCUUAAAUGGUGAUUGCUGCUUUUAAUGGGGCAACGUUAAAAGAUCGCCGGAAGCAUCGUUCUAAUUCCGUUUUUGAUUUUGUUAUUUUGAAAUACUUGAUAUUGAGUAUGUUUGUUUUCACUCUCUCAGGUUCAUGAGUGUUAAUAGUUGUGUUUUUUUGCAUCUCAGGUAGAAUGCAAAUUUAUGGCCCCAAGUAUAUACUGUAGUACCACAGCUAUUCGAAAAAGUAAAGAAACCACAGGAUGUACAUGUUUUUCUCAGUUGUACAAGUUUAUGUGUUCUUAAUAUGGUGCACUGUUACAGUAAACGUUAAUUAUUUUGCAUAGACCUAGUUCACAAAGAAAGAAAAACUAGAUUUGUUAAGCAGACAAAAAUGAUGUACAGUCAGUGUCAACAAAAUCACGAUGAUGUUCAUGAAACCUCUUCUUCUUCUUCCUCCUCCACUGUAACAUUUUGCUCAUGCAGUAUCGGUUAUUUAGUAAUUAUAGGAUGUGACCACAGACAGUCAAUCAAGCAUCUGUUUGCAUUCAUAGAUGAAGAUGGUGUAUUUACUGUGACAUGAAGUUUUAUCAACGAUCUGUAACGUCUUGGAUAUUUGGAUGAACUUUAUGUUUAAAGCCUGGGGCGGCGGCGUGGGGAAGGGUCGGGAGCAGGGUGGGUGGGUCGCUUGUUUUAUAACCCCACAAUGGUUGUUUAUGUUGUUGAAUCUUAAAUUUCUCUCUAUUCCCAGGUGGCAUAUUUUCUUUUGUGUAGUGAAGAGGAUGUUUCUCAUAUGGCCAUGCAUAUUUUGUAUUGGUUCACGCCAACAUUUUUACAAAAGGAAAAAAAAAAAUCAGAAGAGUACUUGUCUUAAUAAAAAGAUAUCAAUGUUUAAA